CGUUUCGCGACCUGGAACUUUUUCGCAGUUGGGGUCCCGUCGGCGGCCGAUUGAUCGCAAAGUUCCCCGUUCCGGUUCGUUCGAGCAAUCCGGACCCUGUCACCUACGACAAAAACAAACAAACAAACAACCCCCCCCCCCACCUCGACCGACACAGUACCGCCAGCAGGCCGGUCGAUCGACAUCUUCACCAUGGCGGCCACGGUGAAGCAGCACGUCCAGCUGGCGCUUUCGCUCCCACCGCGGUUGCGCACCUUCUUGGCCCGGUACCCGCCGGCCUCGAUCCUGCCCGCCGGCGCCGACCCCGAGACGCACAAGACGCCCUACCAGGAGGAGAGCCCGAACCCGUUCAUGCCCACCAAGCACCCAAUCACCGGAAAGUGGCACAACCCCAAGUACUCGCUCAGGCGACAGGCCGAGCUCGUCAAGCUGGCCCAGGAACACGGCGUCGAGGAGCUGCUGCCCUUCACCCGCAAGCUCAACGAGGAGAAGCUACGGAAGAGAGUCGAGCUCGGUCUCCGUGUCAAGGGUACCGGUGUUGGAGAGAAGGUCAAGGGUCACAAGCACGAAAGGACACUGGUUGCCAAGAUGGAGAAGAGGAGAGAGGCCAUGCUGGCUAUGCCCGACCUUAUCCGGGAAUGGAAAAAGGUCGGCAAGAGGAACUGGACCAAGUUCCCCAAAUAAGCGAUCGGUUGUUGUCGCUUGUCGGGAAGAUUACAACGAGAGUCACUGCCAUGUCCAUAGACUGUAUCAUCACCAACAAUGUACAACAAAUUUCAAGCCAUUUGGAAGGGGAUUGCCAUCAAUGUGGUUCUGUUUCCCGGUUGUUGACUGAACGUCCUCUGGCGUCUUAUAAG